AUGUUCCAGAGACGAGGCAUUCCGUCUCAUGGUUUUCAUGGCGUGCACACCGCUCGCCGCAGGGCCUGGUACUGGUGGUGCCGCUCUUGUUUACUGGCUUGUGGCCUGGGCGUCUCUUUUGGGAUGAUGGCACCCCUUACACUUUUCCAAACUAUGUUGCACAGGACGUCUCCACCUUUGACAAGCCUUGAGCUUCUCAAGAGGAAGCCCUAUGGUCGGGGCUGCAGCAUCAGCAGGAAAGCAUUCAAGGCAUCGUCCACAGAUGUCUCGACCGACAAUGCGCAACGUAGAGACGAGGAUUUCUUGGCUCGUGUAAGUGGCCUCGCCAAAGAGGCGCUGACGUGGCCACAUCUCACGGAGGAGUUGAAGUUGAUGUGGGCAGCGGCACUGAAGACUGACACUGUACCUCUUCAGGAGUUGCCUCCCUGGUUCUGGGAGCGACAGAACCUCUCGCGCCGCAGCAUGGGUAUUGACCUCAUGAGCCUUGAUGGACAGCAUGCGGUGCUGUGCCGCAAUUCGAACAUCAAUUGCUCUGUGCUUCACCGUGACAUCAAGCGCUUUUUGCGCACCGCCCGAUGGGUUUACAAGGCUUGGGAACUGGGCCCACUGCUUCGUGUUGAGAAAAUGUACUGCAUGGUGGUACUGUAG